AUGAAGUACAAAACUCUCUGCUUUGGAAUCUCUUGCAUUUUAUUUGCUCACUGGCUUUAUUCACCUGUUCCAGAAAAUGUGGAAGAACCCUGGAAAGUGAGAUUCGCAGAUGCUCUUAUAAAAAUGACUACACUUGUGGCCACAUUAUUUGAAAAAAUAGGUAUUAUGAAAUUUGAAGACACGUAUGUAGCUAUAACGUUAGCUUAUCUGACAAAACCAGUUUCAGAUGAAAACGUUACAGUGAUUGACACAAACUUUAGUGACAUUCCUGUUCGUCUGUACUUGCCAAAAAGGAAGUCUGAAAUACGAAGACCAGCUAUAAUUUUCAUGCAUGGUGGUGCCUUUGUCAUGGGAAGUUGCAAGUCAUCCACCCAUGAUGACCUGAACAGAUGGACAUCAAACAAGCUUGAUGCUGUUGUUGUGGGAAUAGACUACAGACUUGCACCUCAGCAUCCAUUCCCAGCUGCCCUUGAAGACUGUGUUUCUGUGGUCAAGUUCUUUCUCCAGGAAAAGGUUCUUGCCAAAUAUAGAGUGGAUCCAGGUCGCAUCUGUAUUUCAGGAGACAGUUCUGGGGGUGCCUUGGCAGCCACAGUGACUCAACUGCUACAAAAUGAUCCAAAAUUCAAAGAUAGAAUUAAGGCACAAGCCUUGAUAUACCCUGGCCUACAGUCGAUUGAUACUUCUCUGCCAUCUCAUCGAGAGUAUGCACAUGGUCCGAUUAUGUUCCGGGAGGCCACACUUAAGUUGUUAUGCUUAUAUGUGACUGAAGACAAAGCUCUCCUCCAGGCUGCACUGAAAAAUGAGCACAUGCCAGAAGAAUCAAGACAUCUGUUCAAGUUUGUGAACUGGAGUGACUUCCUUCCUGAGAAGUAUAAGAAGAACCAUGUUUACACUGAACCAGUUCUCGGGAAACUGAAGGCUUCCUAUCCAGCACUCUUGGAUAGCAGGCUGUCCCCUUUGCUAGCCAGUGACUUCCAGUUACAGAGUUUGCCACUGACCUACAUCCUCACUUGUGAACACGAUCCCUUAAGAGACGAUGGUCUCAUUUACAUCUCACGCCUUAGAAAUGUUGGAGUUCAAGUUACUCAUGACCACAUAGAGGAAGGAGUCCAUGGAGCCCUGUCAUUCACUACGGCUCCAGUGUUUUUACAUUUAGGAUUAAAAGUAAGAGAUAAGUAUAUUACUUGGUUAGAGGAAAAUCUGUAA